AUGCAGAAGAAAGUUGAUAAAGGCACGAAGAGGCGAAUUUACUUCAUGGGAAUUCUGUUACAAAAUGAUAAACAAGAGCCAACUAAACCAGUUUCUCAUGAGACAAAGUUAAAGAAAAUACGGAAAGUGAAGCUUAGCGAACAAAAGACACUUGAACCUCAAACUAAUCAAACAUAUGAGAAGGUUAAUAACUUCUUGAAUAGAUAUAAAGAUCAUAUCCCAAGUGGUUUUAAUAUUCUCAGAAGAGGCAAUCUUCCAGGAAUUGAUUUUUCCAAUCUCACCUACAUUGAACCUGAAAUGAAGUAA